UAUUGAUUGUUGGUGGUGGACCUACUAGUGUUAAACUUUACGCAGUAAUCACUGUCGAUUUUCCUCAGAAGAAGGUAACUUUGGUGCAAGAUGGAUCCAGACUACUAGAAUUUAGAAUGGAUCGAAUCGAUAAUUUUGGAAGAUUGAAGGUUGAUGAAAAUCUUAGAAUCAAGGAUCACAGAAACAUAUUUGUUGUUGGAGAUAUAACUGAUAUUAAGGUAAUACUAGAAGAGAGUAUCAUUGGCCUAAUAAUGAUUGGUUAA